AAGAAAACUAAAAUGUUAAUACUUGCUAUUAGCUUAAAAACACUCCACGAUAUGUAUUUCAAACUUUAUAAAAUAUUAAAAGAUCGAUUGCCGGCCUAUAGUUUGCAACUUCAACCCCAUUUUGACUUAAGAGAAAGUAAACUAGAUCCAUAUUAUAUUGUUUUUAAUAAGAUAAGUAUCCCCCAAGCUGUAAACAUCCAACUAUAUACAUUUAUUAUAUAUACACUUAUAAAUUUAUUUUCGUAUUGGAGGGCACAUUUAUAUCGAAGUCCAUGGACAGCAUCUUGUCUCUUAUAUAAUUUAUUUCUGUCUUGUGUUUUUUAUUUCACUUGAAAUCAUGAAAGCUAAAAAGAUGAAGAAAGAGAGCAACCUAGCAAAACUGGUGAAAUCUCCGGUUCGUUUUUUGAUCAUGGCACGUGAUGCCUACAUACGUAGCAUGACAUCAUGCUCCGCCGGUUACAUUCGUGGUGGUGGUGGCUCCGGCGGUUUCGGUUUGCCGGCUGGUAAUUUCCAAAUCUGCACCACUCUCCCUCGUAGCUUCACACUCAAUUCGUCCACGACGACGGCAGCGACACGUGAACGCUGCCGGUUUGUCUCGGACUACUCACGUGGUGGUGGAAAAAUCACGGUGGCGACUGGAGGACCGUUGGACCUCCGAAGAAACUAUAGCUGCAUAGUGAUGGGAAGGAUCGAUGAAGAGAAGGCUUGUGAUAAGUUCGAAGAAGAGGAUUUGCUAUUUGACAAAUUCAAGAAACGAAAAAUAGAUAAGAGUUUUUACUAUACGUCCAAGAUAAAAGAAAAAAAGUAAAGACCCUUUGAAUUUUUGUUUUGUUUUCCUAUUUCUUGUUGAUUCUUAAAGGGAUUGAUUUUGUUUUCAUUGUUAAGUUGUUGUGCUUAUAGGUUUCUUGUUAGUAUAUAAAUUUCAAUACAUGUAGAAUAGAACUUUCUCUCCUAACACGACACCAACGUGAACAUAACAAAUAAAAUAACUCUCUUGCGGGGUGUGUGUGUAGCAAAAUAAAAAGUUACGGGCAACAAAAACCUUUACUAGUAAAGUUUAGGGGUACCAUUAGUAAUGGUGCGAGGAGAUACAUGCAGUAACUUAUAGAGUAUCAGAGUCGGUAAAUGUUCAGCGAACCAAUCAAAGCUGAUGGAGAAGAUGCUAUGCAGAGCUGAUGAGCCAUCUUUGUUUUUCCGUUGAAUAGAGCAUC